UUUGCAGGUAGCUCGAGUUGUUUUCGAGAAUGUCACUUUUGUAGUGGUUUGGUUGGUCGUCCGCUUGUUUAAUGUUUUUGUAGAGAACAUAUUUCUGUAUUUUAAAGCAAAAUACGACCAAAACAUGGGGAACUUGGGGAGCUGUUUGGAUAAUGUGACCAUUCCACCAUGUGUCUGGUUUGCAGGGGGACAGAAAAGGAAUGCAGUAGCAUCAAUGCUUGCUGGGGUUCUUUUUUUUAUGGGUUGGUGGUUCAUCAUUGAUGCCCAAUCUGUGUACCCAAAUUGGAUGAAUCAUGGUUACCAUGUCUGUGGCGUCUUUGGAACACUCUCGCUCUUUAUGAUCAAUGCAGUAUCUAACGCUCAAAUGAGAGGAGAUGCCUACAAUGGUGGAUUUUGCGGUCCUAGAGGAGCCAGAUUGUGGCUUUUCUUAGGCUUUGUUAUGGGCUUUGGAUCUGUCAUAGCUUCCUGCUGGAUUCUUUUCGCUAAUUAUGUUAACAAUGAUAAAAUACCAGCUCAUUGGCCAGGAUUUGCUCUAUUUUUCCAGAAUAUUUUUAUCUUUAUGGGUUCUCUUAUUUACAAAUUUGGCAGAGUUGAAGAUCAAUUUUGAGAAGACAGGGUUUCCAUGAUAUAUGCCACUAUUCGUUAGGCAUUGAGCACGAGCUGUAUGUCCUAAGUUAUUGCGUUAAAGCUUUUUUUUUCUUUUGUUGGGUGUGCUUUUGAACACAGCUGCUUGGUCUCAAUCUAUUGCCAAUCUCAGAUUUAGCUUUACAACAGUCUCGUGUUCAGUCAUGGAACCCCUUUCAAUACAUACAGGAAUGACAUCUAAUAUCACCAUAGUUUUGAGUUUUGUAAUCAUGUCAACAUUAUUUUCAUCAAACUUUCUUGUAUCUUUUUACCAGUGUGAUAUAUUCCCUCUCCUUCAUUCUAUUUUAUAUUUAUGUUACUGCAACUUAAGCUUAGAAUUAGUAUUGUAUAAACAAUAAAUUAAGAGACCCAAUUGUAAGGAGGGUUUUCUUAACACCUUGGUAGUCAUCAGACACUGAACUAAUAACAUUAUUCUGUCUUUACCCCGUAUUAUUGUUGUCAUUGUGCAUAUUUAAACUCCAUACAUGAUUCUAGCAACAAGGCUGUACAUCGACACAAACAUGUUCUAUAAAAUGUUUUAUUUGGAUUUCUUAAUUUUUUAAGGACUGCUAGAUCAUGUCAUGUGUCUUCAACAAACUCAAUUGCUAGAUUGCAACGUCUUUAUUUUAUAAAACUUUUAACUAAAAUCUCCUUCUGAAAUUUGCAUUUAAUAUUCUGGUACUUAAACUACUAUUAAUAUGUCUUUAAUUAAGGAAAAGAACAGAACUUUCCAAUGUUAAUUUUCAUGUUGUGUUAACUAUGUUUACUGAGAGUCCGGCUGAAGUCUGUCAUUUUUGUGAAAACACACUGAUGUUCUAAAUGGGGUAUUAAAACAGUGGUGAAAGUUUACGUUGGUAAACUUUCUUUGUAAUGUGGAGUUAGGUUGAAUGUAUGUUCUACAAUUCAAUGAUGAGACUGUGUAUCUUUAAGAAAUAAAUUUACUAUGGAAUAAAAUA